AUGGGCUGCGUAUCCAGCAAGAGAAAAACUGGUUCGACUCCAUCGAGUUCGAUCAUGUUCAAAGUUACAAACAUAGAUUACAGUGGUAAUGAAAUAAACCAUGGUCAAAUUGAAAUCACUGACAGCGAUCUAGUAAUGCAUUAUGCAAAUGAAAAAUCAAACAUUUCAUGUCCACUGAGGACAAUCCGACGCUACGGAUAUGAAGAUUUUAUGUUCUGCUUCGAAGCUGGCCGCUCGUCACCCUAUGGUGAAGGAAUAUUUGCAUUUAGAAGCAAAGAUGCAGAUAAUAUUUUCAAUUCUAUCAAAGGAAAAUUGCAGAUUUUAAAUGAAACGAAUAUGGCUAAAGAUAUGUCUUCUGAAGUACAUUUUUAUUCUGGCCAACCACGCACAAACAGAGAUAAGCUUGAAGAGGUUUAUGAUGAAGUCAAAUUUAGUGGAAUAAGAAGCCGCAAAGAAUCAAGUAAGAAUGAAGAAUCUCCAUACCUCGAUUUAAGCAUUCCACCCUGUGCUACGUAUGAAAAUAUGUUAAACGCCAAUGAAAAUAACGAGUUGGUAUAUAGUGGUAAUUCUUAUGUGACUCCUAAAGAAGAAGUUACUUAUACUGAAGUUGAAAUUGCUGUUUGUAAGACUAAAAAUAAGAAAGAGUUGCCUGCAGUUCCCCCUAAAAAAGAAACAACAGAAUAUACAGUUAUUGAUUUUGAACGUACAAGACACUUAACUAAUAGAAAUUUGUUCAAAUGUCCUUAUCAACCGGGAACAAAAAGAACUAGACAUGAUAUUGGAGCAGUUACUCCUUAAUAUUAUUAGACUACUACACUUGUUUGCCUACAUAAAGUUUUUAAUAUUUUAAUUGAACUAUGAGAUCAGCCUAUUAAAGAUCUUUAAUAAUUGACAUUUUUUUUAUUAAUUAAAUAUUAUUUAUUUAAAUUAAUUUUUAUUUCAUUAACUUUUAUAUUUUCACUCAACAAAUUUUUACAAUACAAUUUUUGACAUUAUUUUUAGAAAAGAUGCUUUUACAUUUUAGAUAACAAAUAAA